AUGAGGGGAAUGUGGGCGACUUUGCGACUGUUCCGUUGUGACCGCAAUUUUACGGCUCUCAACAGGGGCAAUGGCGUUUAUAAUAUCCAAAGCGUUGCUUCACGGGAUUGCGCACUUUGCCAUAGUCAACGCGCUGUGAAGCACCGUUCUUUAUCACCUGAUGAUCCCUUUGGUGAGAAAUCAGCAUCUGAUGAUCCUGUUGAUGGUUUCUAUGGAGCGUGGAGUAAUAUAAAUGUGGAUGCGUUCGCUAACGCUGCAGCCAGUGAGGAAGUGCGAAUGGCUCAUUUUGGCCCCGAGUGGUCUCGCUUUACGACGAUUGGUCGCCUGUCCGUAAAGAAAAUGAAUGAAAGCGGAUCAUCUGCCUCUUCCGGCUCUGAGGAUUGUGGAAUGGCGUCACAACAUCCCCUCGGCGCGGAGGAACUUCAUAUGCGGGAGCUGCGGGAGCGAAGGAAGGUGCUUGAGAGAAAUUAUUCCAGCUACGAUGAAUAUGUAGCCAAGGAGCUAGGUUUGAGUGAGGUAGAUGACUGCGACAACGCCUGUGGUCUCCAAAGUGAAGAUCCGGAAAUAGUGGCAGACGGGGAAGAGGCUGAGGACAAUGAUGAUGCUGAUGAAGAUGCAGACAAUGUGCCACUUCCGCAGUUCAUGCGUAGGAGUGGAUGCGAACAAGAAAACGACACCGGGGUUAACAUAUACUCCUCUGAUCAACAGCAGCAGCAGCAAAUGGGAGGCGUUCCGGCCAACACUGUAAAUGAAGGGCACGUUCCCCAGCGUCGCGGGACAUUGCACCCUCCUGAGCCACUCGCACAGGUCGUAUUCUGCCAGUUGGGCGAACCACACGGCGAUUCCGAGCUGCCACGUGAGGACCCAUUACACUGGGACACGGAAGAGGUCAUUUUGUGGAUAAGGAGGAUGGAAGCGGCACAAUGCGUUCUUUCAUCCGGAUCUCUUGCAUGUGAUUCAUUGGUUAUGGAAGAUCCCUCUAUGCAGGAAGCCUUUCGUAUGGCACGUAUAGAUGGGGAUUACUUAUUAAAGAACACUGUACCUGCUACGAUGUUUCAGGUGAUGCGCCGGUGGCAUCUUCGACGACACGAGAUUGUGCUCGCGGUUCUGAAGGAGCAACAAAGGAGGGGAAUUGACUCCCAUGAAAUCAAUACUUCCAUUUUUGACGACCCCAUUAUGAGGGGGAUUCUUGAUUCGGGUCGGGCCAAACUUGACGAAGUUGUUCUAAUGGUGACACCUAUGCUCGUACAGGAAACAAUAUGUCAGGGGUACCUCUACUGCCGUUGA